UAUUUUGACAGCACAAAAGCAAAACACUCAAACCCCAGUCAAUUCGAAUGUCGGCUCUGCCACCCAACUGCGGUGCUUUUUUAUUUCCUUUUAAUUGGACAGAAACACAUAUUAACUUGAUGUUGUUGUGAAGGUCGACACCAACAAUGGACGCCAGCAGCGUGUACGUACGAGAAAGAGGCCACCUGCGUCGUGUCAGCGACAACAUGCUCUGGAGGCCGGUGAUGGCCUCCUCCACGUCUCCGUCUUCUUCCUGUCGGCGGACCAACCCGCUGGUACUUCGGAAGGAGCACUUUGUGUCCACGUACAACGCGGAGGGCAGCCUGCGCUACAGCAGCAAGUCGCUGUUUGACAUCACGCUGCUCUUUGUGGUGUGCAACGUGCAGCACGUGGACUCGCUGGUGGGCUUCCCGGAACAGAUCGGGGACAGGCUGUUCGCGGCCGCGAAGGAAAACCGUGUAUUUCUGAACCAGGAAGUCUCCCCCAAAGUUCUGCAGCUCUUCGGGGACGCCUAUGGCGACACGGUGCUCGGUUCCCUCUGCCUCAGGAACAGGUUUCCUCUACUGAGCGAGCGAAUGGCUGACAUCAAGACCUUCCACAGUUUGAAACGUUUGGACCUGUUCGGCUGCAGACUGGGCGACGACCAUGAGAUAUUCCAGCACCUGACGUCGGCCUCACUUGCGAGAUGCUUGAGUCAGCUCUUCAUUGGUGGCAACGGCCUGUCGGAUGAUGGCCUGCGGCGACUGAUGGCGCCUGUGAGAAUAAUGAAGAAAGGACUGGACUGUCUUCAGUGCCUGGAUGUUUCACAUAACCCCAUUUCUGAGAGGGCUCUCCGCUACCUGAAGUGCCUUCCCAAGCUUGAAAAACUGGAUGCAUCUGGCACCAGCAUGAAGUUUAGCGCAAGACUUAAUUCCUGCACGUGGGAGCUGCUGGGCCUGACUUAUUCCGAAAAGGCGCUGGAUGUCUUUGACCACUCAGAAUGUAAAACACAAGGAUGGGCAGAGCAGGUUGUAAAUCAGUGGGAAACCAGUGGAGCGCAAAUGUCCAAACAGAAGAGACUCAAUGAGUCCAGAAUAUCAGCGCUUCGCUUUUUCGGCAGGCAAAAGUUUGUCCAAGAAGUGUUGAACUCGGCACCGUUGUGUCGCGAUGAAGUUGCAACACCUGAGAAGCAUCGUCUGCAUUUCUACAAGCCUCCAGCUGGGAGCAUCGCAGACGGCGCCUCCUCCGACAGAACUUGCCAGAUCGCAACGGGCAAAAGGAAGCGGAUGUCGGAAAAGUGCGGCGACGGUUUGACAGCUAGUCCGCCGACAAAACGCGCCUCCUCGUCGGUGUUGACGCCUGACGAUAUGGAUUUGUUGGACCUAUACUGAGAUGCAUCGUCGCGAGGACUGUACAGUUGUUUUGUUCAGUUCUGUUUUAUCCAUCCAUCCAUCCAUUAUCUGUACCACUUGUCCCCACGGGGGUCGCGGGCGUGCUGUAUCUCAGCAGUCAUCGGGCAGUAGGCGGGGGACACCCAGAACUGGUUGCCAGCCAAUCGCAGGGCACAC